AUGCGCUGCCGCUCAGACGGCAGUCGCCGGUCAAUGGCGCCACCGCUUCACACCCUAUACCUACUCUUCUUCUUCUUCCUUCGUCUUUCUACGGCAUGGCGCCCCUUGCCCCAUAUGAAAAACAACCUCACGGAGCUCGAAUUCGGAGGCUAUAAAAAGUACGAAGGGUCGUCGGAGUUCGUCAAAUUAAAAUAUCACAUGGGACCAGUUCUUACAUCUAACAUCACCGUACACAUUAUCUGGUACGGAACCUGGCCAAGCGCCCAGAAACGAAUCAUCCGCGAGUUCAUCAACUCAAUAUCAUCCGCCGACGACCACCGCUCGCCGUCUGUUUCUGGUUGGUGGAAAACCGUCCAGCUCUACACAGACCAAACCGGUUCCAACAUCACCCGGUCGGUCCGGCUUGGGCAAGAGAAAAACGACCGGUUGUUAUCUCAUGGUAAAACCCUAACCCGUUUAUCCAUACAAUCGGUGAUAAAAUCCGCCGUCACGGCGAAAACAAAACCCUUACCGAUACAUCCGAAAGGCGGUGUGUACCUUUUACUCACCGCCGAUGACGUAUACGUCGAGGAUUUCUGCCAAAACGUCUGUGGGUUCCACUACUUUACAUUCCCUUCGAUUGUUGGGUACACGCUGCCGUACGCGUGGGUCGGAAAUUCUGCAAAAUUAUGCCCAGGUAUGUGUGCAUACCCUUUCUCUGUACCUGAUUAUAUUCCUGGUUUGAAACCUCUGAAAUCUCCCAAUGGUGAGGCGGCGAUCGACGGGAUGAUUAGUGUGAUAGCUCACGAGAUUGCGGAGGUAGCUUCGAACCCGUUGGCGAACGCCUGGUACGCCGGUGAAGACCCGUCGUUUCCGGUGGAGAUCGCCGAUCUAUGUGAGGGUAUUUACGGGACCGGCGGUGGUGGGUCCUACACUGGGCAGAUGUUGAACGAUGAAGAUGGUGCCACGUAUAAUAUGCAUGGGAUCCGACGGAGGUUCUUGGUUCAGUGGGUGUGGAAUCAUGUGGUAAAUUACUGUACUGGCCCGAAUGCGCUUGAUUGA